GUGAGCAGCCCCAGCUAUCCUUAACUAAUCCCAUUGCUUCUCAGUUUGGCUACAGCUUGGCUUAGCACAGAGCAGGAAUUCUGCCGCUUGCUAUUAUAGGCUUUAAACAGUAAGAUUCUGUCCAUGUUAGAACUCAUAGAAGUGAAUGGAACCCCUGGUAGCCAGCUUUCUACUCCCCGCUCUGGGAAGUCUCCAAGCCCAUCUCCCACCAGCCCAGGAAGCCUACGGAAACAGAGGAGCUCCCAACACAGUGGCUCCUCUACCUCAUUAGCAUCCACCAAAGUUUGCAGCUCUAUGGAUGAAAAUGAUGGACCUGCAGAAGAAGUGUUGGAGGAAGGUUUCCAGGUUCCAGCAUCGAUAGCAGAGCGAUAUAAAGUUGGAAGGACAAUAGGAGAUGGAAAUUUUGCUAUUGUGAAGGAGUGUAUAGAAAGAUCAACUGGUAGAGAAUAUGCUCUGAAAAUAAUCAAAAAAAGUAAAUGUAGAGGAAAAGAACACAUGAUCCAGAACGAGGUAUCCAUUUUAAGACGAGUCAAGCAUCCCAAUAUUGUACUUCUGAUUGAGGAGAUGGACAUGCCAACUGAGUUGUACCUUGUCAUGGAACUUGUCAAGGGAGGAGAUCUUUUCGAUGCUAUUACUUCCACCAACAAAUAUACAGAGCGGGAUGCCAGUGGGAUGCUUUACAAUCUGGCCAGUGCCAUCAAAUAUCUUCACAGCCUGAACAUUGUCCACAGGGAUAUCAAGCCGGAGAAUCUACUGGUUUAUGAACACCAAGAUGGAAGCAAGUCCCUGAAACUGGGAGACUUUGGCCUGGCAACAAUUGUGGAUGGACCUCUGUAUACUGUUUGUGGGACCCCAACAUAUGUAGCUCCAGAAAUCAUCGCUGAAACUGGAUAUGGCUUGAAGGUGGACAUCUGGGCAGCGGGUGUGAUAACUUACAUCCUGCUCUGUGGUUUCCCUCCAUUUCGUGGAAGCGGAGAUGACCAAGAAGUACUUUUUGAUCAGAUUUUGAUGGGACAGGUGGAUUUUCCAUCUCCAUAUUGGGACAAUGUUUCUGACUCUGCAAAGGAACUUAUCACAAUGAUGCUUCAAGUAGAUGUAGACCUGCGAUUCUCAGCCUUGCAAGUUCUUGAGCAUCCAUGGGUUAAUGACGAUGGACUUCCAGAGAAUGAACAUCAGCUCUCAGUAGCUGGGAAGAUAAAGAAGCAUUUCAACACGGGCCCUAAACCGAACAGCACAGCAGCUGGAGUUUCUGUCAUAGCACUGGACCACGGGUUUACCAUCAAGAGAUCAGGGUCUUUGGACUACUACCAACAACCAGGAAUGUAUUGGAUAAGGUAUGAGAUGGUGCAGCGCCAACA